GCCCGGGGGACACGGACACGGCAGCGGCCGCAGGUGGAGCCGCCGAGCCUCGCCCGGACCCGGAGCGGCCCCGCGGGGCGGCGGGAGCUGCCGGGGCCACCAUGGGCCGGGGGGGGCCGUAGGGACCGCUCCGCACGGGGACCCCCCCUGCCCCUCGCUGACGCCGGAGGAGAAGGGAGGGAAAGACGGAAAAAGGAGGAAAAUCCCGGCGAAAGCCUCCCCGAAAGCGGAGCCGCCGAGAAGGCGGCGGCGCCGGCUGGAAAAUGCAUCUUCUUCCUCGGAGCUGCGUCCUCCUCCUCCUCCAGGGCAGCAUCGCGCUGCUGGUGUUGUGCGCUCCAGAGGACCCCGGGAAAGGAGCGGAUCCAGGCGAGCCCCGGGCCCGCGGCAGAGCCCCGAAGCUGCUGCGGGAGCUGCUCUCCCCAAAGCCCCUCCCUGGCCUGGGCCCGGCCCCGCCGCAGAACCGGAGCCUGCCGGGGCCGGGCGGCGCCUCCCAGGAGCUCGGGGGGACCCCGGUGAACCGGGCAGGGCUGGAGCUCCCGGUGAACCGGGCAGGGCUGGAGCUCGGGGCAGCCGCAGCUCACCUGGCAGGGCUGGAGCUCCCGGUUCACCGGCCCGCGUUGGAGCUCGGUCCCCGGGCACAGCGGGACCCACGGCCAGCCCCGGGCAGGCCCCUGCAGAAGCUUUUCGGCUGGGGAGACUUUUACUCCAACAUCAAGACGGUGAAGCUGAACCUGCUGAUCACGGGCAAGGUGGUGGAUCACGGCAACGGCAGCGUGAACGUCUUCUUCCAGCACAACUCCACGGGCCACGGCAACAUCUCCGUGAGCCUCGUGCCGCCCACCAAGGCCGUGCAGUUCGACCUGGAGCAGCAGAUCUUCAUGGAGGCCAAGGAGUCCAAGGUGUUCAACUGCCGCGUGGAGUCGGAGCAGGUGGCGCGGGCCAGGAAGACGUCGCUGUGCACCUUCGACCCGGCCAAGACGUGCUCGCAGGAGCACACGCAGAGCCGCGCGGCCUGGCUGUGCUCGCAGCCCUUCCGCGCCGUCUGCGUCUACAUCACCUUCUACAGCAGCGACUACCGCCUGGUGCAGAAGGUGUGUCCCGACUACAACCGCCACAGCCAGCGGCCCUACUUCCCCUCGGGCUGAGCCCCGGGACGGAGAUUCCCGCGAUUCCCGGGGCACCGAAUCCCAGGAUCCCGGGACAGCGAUUCCUGAGAUUCCUGGGGCACCGAAUC